AUGGCACAGCUGGGUCGGCGCAACAUAGAUUCAGGUCGUCAGCCCACAAUACCUUAUGACAUUCUCCAUAGGCUUCCUCCCAAUGCAGUAAAGAUCCGACCAUCACACACGAGCAUUUCAAAGGUUUCCAGCUAUGAGUAUACGCAAAACUGGACCGCCCUGAGUUCCACCCACAGCAUCUUUGAUGGAGGAUUGCGCUGGCAGAGGAGUACCUUCGAAGCUCGUUUGACAAAUUUGAACCCUGAAUGCUCCACCUGGGUCCUGCUUGUCGAAGACAUAAGUUCCCAAUUGGCUAAAACGCUCCAGUCGUCACUUAACGUUGACCCCCAGUUCUUUGCAGAGCAUUUAAUCAACUCUAGCUGGGUGCCCAGCGGCAGAACGGAUCACCAACAAAUUGAAGAUCCUCCCACACCUUACACCGAUGCUGAAGCUUCCACAUGGUGGACCAAACGAUUUCAGAAAUGUCAUGCGUCCAUCAAGUGGUACCGCCCGUACACACUCCGGCUCAUCAGAGGGUCUAUGCGUCUAUCCCGACGACAAUACCGUUUUCAUCGUGAAACAUCCACCGAUGAUGAAUCUGAGUCCGAGUCAGAGACCAGCGCCCAAGAAACACAACUCGACAUGAUGGCAAUUUGUAAUAGUCGCAGGCGCCACCUAGAUCUUAGACUCGAAAAUGGAGAAUGGGAUUAUGAAACCUCAACCUCUGAACGCCUCCAAAAUGGUGACAAGCUAGCAGUGGAGGAACGUGUGAGUCUCUGGAAGGGAACUUUGGGAUCUCGCGAAAUCGGUAUUUGGACUUUCCUACUUGUGGGAAAUACCGCAGAAAAGGUUCAUUUCCAAGCGCCUGGGAUGCCUGCCAUCGAAACGCGUCCACUACCCUUGACCCUCUUUGUAGAGUCUGAAUCUGCUGCUCAGGGUAAGAAAGGAUCAAGGAGACACAGUUAUGGAAGCUUCCCCAGAAACAAUGGUCCCCAGUGCCUCCCCAAACACAAUCAGAUCACGCCCGGAGCAGGAAUUGAUAAUUCCCAAGAUAGCGUCCCGCAAAAUACUCAUACACCAGCAGCGUCUGAGAUCGCUGUUGAUCAAUUAGGAGCUCCCCAUAGCAUGGGACAAUGUGAUGAGUCCCAGCGCAAUGGGAGUGUGCAUUUUUCGCCUCCUAGUGAUAUAGGACGACGUCGUCUGCCUUUUCAAAACUGCGCAUCGCGAGGACCUGCAUCGGAUUAUCAGAUUUUCGACCCUUGUCCUCAGGGUCUGGUUGCUCAACUAUCCACCACCCUCGAGGAUCUUGCUCUUUGGCUUGAGAGAGAGGCCCAACCAAGUCUGACUAAGUCUUACGCACUGGGUCCGAUGUCAGCAGUGUUUUUUAUCAUCCAUUGUGACACCAUGGACUUUCUGCAACUGGUGGAAUCCUUUAUUGAUAACGUGCAUAGCCUGGCUGAAGAUGAGUUAACCCUACAGAGAAAUAUCGCGAUAUGGCGUAGGCUUGUCAAUAUUUUAGGAGCCGAGCUACGCGCUCUUACGAAGUCAAUUCCCCCUUUUACUGCCUUCUUGUGCGGGCCGACCAAUGAUAAAGGCAAAACCAGCGACCAGCACAGUAUCAAAGAUGCGAGCGAAAAUCUUCUUGAAGAAAUAUUGCGCGUCCAAAAGCGCUUAGACAAGUUGUUCCAUGUCCUGGUUAGCUCCUUGUCGAUUGUCGAGAGCAGGAGAGGGAUUGCCGAAGCAGAGAGUGUCACAAAGCUUACGGAGCUCGGUAAGUUGACAUGUCCACAAAACUAA